GCUGUGCGCGUCUAGGAAUCGCCGCCGCUCUGUUUCCCUGGACGGCUGCCCAAACUAAGCCUCAGUGGGUGAUACGAGAGCGCUUAGGGGACAAAAAUCUUCCCUCUUCCUUACUCUGUGCUCUGCACUCCUAUGCCCCGUGGCCAAACCUGGGGCGGCAAGUACAAGCGUCGCCAUCGCGGUAUUGCCCAGGCGGCAGGAGGAGGCCGAGCCCGAGCGCAGCUCAGCCUGACUGGGGCCUGGACCCGCCCAGACUCCGCCGCUGCCCGGAUGUUGCGAUGGCUGAUCGGCGGAGGCCGAGAACCUCCGGGACUGGCCGAGAAAUCUCCCUUACAGACAGUAGGAGAAGAGCAAACCCAGAACCCCUACACUGAACUGCUUGUACUCAAAGCUCAUCAUGACAUUGUACGAUUUCUGGUACAGUUAGAUAACUACAGAUUUGCAUCUGCUGGUGAUGAUGGACUUGUAGUUGUGUGGAAUGCUCAGACAGGAGAAAAACUUUUGGAACUCAGUGGACACACUCAAAAGAUAACAGCUAUUAUUACAUUUCCUUCCUUGGAAUCUUGUGAAGAGAAAAAUCAACUCAUCUUGACAGCUUCUGCUGAUAGAACAGUUAUUGUAUGGGAUAGUGAUACUGGCAGACAAGUUCGGAGAGUAUCAUGCUUCCAGUCUACUGUAAAGUGUCUAAUUGUUCUUCAGAGACUAGAUGUUUGGCUUUCUGGUGGGAAUGACCUUUGUGUGUGGAACCGAAAAUUAGAUCUCCUGUGUAAGACUAGUCACCUUUCUGAUACAGGGAUCAGCACUUUGGUUGAAAUACCUAAGAACUGUGUUGUAGCAGCAGUUGGCAAAGAACUUAUAAUUUUCAAAUUGGUAGCACCCACAGAUGGAUCACCAAAAUGGGAUAUUCUUGAAGUUAAGCGCCUCCUUGAUCACAAGGAUAAUAUUCUCUCGUUGGUUAAUGUCAGUGAUUUGAGUUUUGUCACUGGCUCUCAUGUUGGAGAGCUGAUCAUCUGGGAUGUCCUGGACUGGACCGUGCAGGCCUAUGAACGCAACUUCUGGGACCCAUCUCCACAACUGGACACCCAGCAAGAAAUAAAACUCUGUCAAAAACAAAAUGACAUUUCUAUCCAUCAUUUCACAUGUGAUGAAGAGAAUGUAUUUGCUGCAGUUGGAAGGGGUUUAUAUGUAUAUAACCUUCAAAUGAAGUGUGUGAUUGCCUGCCAGAAAACUGCACAUGACUCCAAUGUUCUGCACAUUGCCAAACUUCCAAACAGGCAAUUAAUCUCAUGCUCAGAAGAUGGCAGUGUACGCAUUUGGGAGUUACGAGAAAAACAGCAGCUUGCAGCUGAACCUGUACCAACAGGUUUUUUUAACAUGUGGGGAUUUGGAAGAGUGAACAAACAAGCCAGCCAGCCUGUUAAAAAGCAACAAGAAAAUGCCACGUCAUGUUCACUGGAGCUUAUUGGCGAUUUGAUUGGACACUCAUCAUCUGUGGAGAUGUUUUUAUACUUUGAAGAUCAUGGACUAGUGACAUGCUCUGCUGAUCAUCUCAUUAUUUUGUGGAAAAAUGGAGAGCGAGAAUCUGGAUUGCGCAGUUUAAAAUUAUUUCAAAAAUUAGAGGAAAAUGGUGACUUAUACCUUGCUGUCUAAUUUAAGGAAUUAGAAGUACCUUGAACAUCAAAUAUAGAGUAAUACUCUGAAAACCAUUAAUAUAUUGAACACUUAAAUAUGUAGUGUGUUUUUUUUUCUUGCCCAUAAAAUUCUACAUGUUUGAAUUCUUUUUUGUGGGCGUACAAACCAGCAACAGUUGCUUCUCAGGUAUUAGUACAUCCACAAAGAACAUACCACAAGUUUUACAUUUGACUUUGUGCUGCUGUUGAAAUGGUGAGUGCUUUAUUUUGAGCUUCUUAAUUUGAAACCUAGACCUCGUAAGAGGUGGAAAUAGAUGUAAAACUAAAGCUAUGGCCUUCAUUAGAAGUUUUUUUAUUCUUUUGAUAAACUGAAGUAUAUCCUUUCUCCUCCAAAUUUCCCUGGUCUUUAGUAAAUGUCAGUGUUCUAUAGCGCAAACUUGAAUCAGCCCCCAAAUGAACUACAUAUAUUGUUUAAGUACAAUGAUUUUUUUUGGUACUAACUGUUUAAAUCAUUAAACAAUUUCUUUUUUUAGUUCUAGCUACUAAAAUUCCUAUGAACUCAAAUUGAUAGGAAUCUUAUGAAGGUGCAAUUUUUUUCUUGGUGCAGAUUGGCCUGAACAGCUGUUGGCUAGAUUGGAACUAGAACUGCAGCUGCCCCUCCUGUGUGCCAGGGAUGAACGCUAGAUCAGCAAGGAGGCACAGUGCUUUCCAAAGUCAGGGACUGCCGGUGAUAGUGCCCAGUCCAUUUGACCAUUGACUCAAAUAUGGAAUGCUUGAGAAAGGUUUCGCUCAUGUAGUUCCUUUGAGAUUUGAUCAUCCUCAUUACUCCACCAGCCUUACAGCACCCUUUCUCCUGUUUGGUACUAAAAAUGAAAAAGUAUUCUACACAUUAAAUAUUGGGUGGGUUUAGUUACAGAAUUAUUUAUUAAAUUUAAACUUCUGACUAAAGAAUCUUACAAUAGAACAGACAAGAUGACUGAUGUGUUAGAGGAUUGACCCUUCUCAAAGAACGCUUUCUGUAGAUUUGUUCAUUAUGCACAUACCCGCACAUCCUAAAUGGAAUUUUCAUAAAUUCUUGGUUUUACUAGUUUAUUCAUUUACAGUUGCUUCCACAACUACCUACACUCAAAGACUGGAAAAGUUAUGGUCAGUAGGUAGGCCAGUGGCAUAAUGUUGUAAAUGAGGAAACUGAGGCCCAGUGAGGCAAUAAGGCCUUGCAAUUAGAUAGCUCCAUAGUGCCCAUUAUCAUCAUUGAGCAGCUUUAAAACAGGAAUUGAAGAGGACUGGAACGAGAGAUAAAGGCUUAUGUGACUAUAUGACUCCCACUUGAGGAAAACAAAAUAAUAUUCACAGUCAUUACUGCUGUUUUAAUUCACAAUGAAAAUAGCUUUAUGGAGAAAUAUAUUAAAACUUAAGCUGCCUCUAUUACAGAAUAGAAGAAUAUGAAUGGGAAAAUUAGCACUACCGUUUAGCCACCAAAUCAUUAUCACUGUGGCGUAUUUGAAGAGUCACACAGAGGCAGCCUUCUAAUCUUUCAUCCUGAAAUUGGAGCAAGGGCAGUAUCCCUAAACCAGGCAGACAUGUGGUCGGGUCUGGGUGUGUCAGAUUGUUGAUCACUGUGGCUAAGUUAUCUCAAAGUCAUUUUCAAGCUUUUAAUUUUCCCUAUAGAUGGACUUUCCUCCAGUACUAGCUAGCUUUUUCUUUGGAAAUUCUAUAUUAGGUUAUGAGUUUGUAAAGCUGUUUUCUUGAAUUGUAUAAGAUAUAAGUAAUGCAUAGAGUUUAAAGUGUUUUAUUUCCUAACCUGUAGUGUUUUGUGAUGAUAAUCUAUUCAAGUGGAAUAGAUUGUGAAAUGAUAGGGCCAUUCUGGUCCAAGUAAUAAUAUUUUAUAACCACCUGCUUUCUCCUGGUUAGUAGUAAUGGUAAUAAUGUGACUUCUCUUCGGAUUAGAUAGUGUUGCAUUUUCCUAAAUUAAUAUGGCUCCUUCAAUACAUGGUGUUUUAGUAAAUAUCUCAGUUAAGAGGCAAUUAUAAUAGUUUAUACCUAUAUGAUACACAUACCAUCUGAAAGACAUUAUUUCUAAUAAAUUGACUGUGUGGUUACACUA